CUCCCUACAGUACAGUAUGAGUAGUCGGACUGACUACACAACAAUGUAUACAUUUAGUUGUGUAUCGCAUUCAUGAGAGUCCAUAAUUCAUUCAAUCUGUUUCCGCUAUCGUAGAUGUCACAGCAUGAAGUGAGAGCAUAGCUCAUUCACACAGAGUUUGUGUCUAUAAAAAAGAAAGAGCUGUGAUUUGUCGAGACCAAACUGUACUCAUACUGUCGAUUGUGCUUUCGAUAAAUUCGCUAUGGAUGGCCGGCCGACUUGAGGGAUGUCACAAACCGUGACUGACCAAUGACGACGUUGUUUUAGAUCAGGUUGUGACUCAUAAACUGGAUCGUGGUCAUUCUCUAUAUUUAUGACCGGUCGUGUGUCAUCAGUCGAUUUGCCACAUAACUUCUCUUACCGAGUCGACAUAAACACAUAUUUAUUAAAAGUCUUUCAAGAGAUCGGUCAGUCAUGGAUUCAGACAACUCGCGUCUCUGCAGCAAACAUCUCUCACCAAAGAACCUGAAGGCCACUCGAUGCCCGACUGAUGACCUCUCUAUCACCAACUGCGUGGUCAUCAACCAGGCCGACUUCAAUGCUGACAACAAGGAACAGAAAUUUGUCUCAGUGAACACUGGUGUGCGUGAUUUUUAUUUCUGCAUCAAGAAUCACAAUGCUGUCCCUCAGGGACAAAUUGGCUUCAACCUUCCCCAGCGGAAAUGGUCAGGCAUUUCCCUUGGUGCGAUAUGUGGGGUCCAGGCUGUCACCUUCGACCGUAAAAAACAAACAAUUGCUCUCAUGUCGCUGGAGGCGGACUUUUUCAAUAAAAAGGCCACGACGACCGAGGCUUACGACACUGACCUUAUGAAGCUCGAGUUCACUAUGCAGUUCCCCGACCAGGUGUUCAGUGUUGGUCAGCCGCUGGUCUUCAAGUUUAUGGAGAAGAAAAUGAUAAGUUUGGUUGUAAGAGAAAUUGAAGUUGCUGACUUUAACAAUCCCGGCAAGGAGAAGAAGGCAGACCGUGGAGUUCUCACUGGCAACACGCUCAUCAUAUUUGAGAAGGCAGAGAACUCGUCCAUCAACCUGACAGGGAAGGCCAAGGGUAAAUCAGCACAGCACACGAUUAUCAACCCCGACUGGGACUUCAAUAAGAUGGGCAUCGGUGGUCUUGACAAUGAGUUCUCAGCCAUCUUCAGACGAGCAUUCGCAUCGCGAGUUUUCCCACCAGAGAUCAUUGAGCAUUUAGGUAUGAAACACGUGCGAGGCAUCCUGCUGUUCGGUCCACCUGGAACAGGGAAAACAUUGAUGGCCAGACAGAUCGGCCAAAUGUUACAAGCCAGAGAGCCUAAGAUCGUCAACGGGCCGCAGAUUCUCGACAAGUAUGUUGGUGAGUCGGAGGCGAAUGUUCGCAAGUUAUUCGCUGAUGCAGAAGAGGAAGAAAAAAGGUGUGGCCCACAGAGUGGACUUCACAUCAUCAUCUUUGAUGAGAUCGAUGCAAUAUGCAAGGCUAGAGGAUCUGUGUCUGGGAACACUGGUGUUCACGACACUGUGGUGAACCAACUGCUUGCCAAGAUUGACGGUGUGGAGCAGCUGAAUAACAUACUUGUUAUAGGAAUGACCAACAGGAAAGACAUGAUAGAUGAAGCAUUACUGCGACCAGGUCGUCUUGAGGUUCAGAUGGAGAUCAGCCUACCAGAUGAACACGGCCGUGUCCAGAUCAUUAACAUCCACACGGCCAGGAUGAAGGACCACAACAAACUCGCGCCUGAUGUCAACAUUGCACAACUCGCCGCUCACACCAAGAACUUCAGCGGGGCAGAGAUUGAAGGUCUUGUCCGAGCUGCAACAUCAACAGCUAUGAAUCGAUUAAUCAAGGCCUCGUCUAAGGUGGAGGUUGACCCUGAAGCUGUGGAGAAACUCCAAGUGACCAUGGACGACUUCAAGAGUGCUCUUGAGAACGAUAUCAAACCAGCAUUUGGUGUGAGCAGCGAGCAGUUUGACAGUUUCCUCAAGAACGGCAUCAUCAGUUGGUCGUCAAACAUCACGAAGAUCCUGGAGGAUGGCAAACUGCUGGUCGAACAGACACAGAACAGUGUGCUGACUCCACUGGUCACUGUACUGCUGGAAGGCCCACCUAACAGUGGGAAGACCGCUCUAGCUGCGAGAAUAGCCAAAGAUUCAAACUUCCCGUUCAUCAAAGUGUGCACACCGGAGAAUAUGAUUGGUUACCAUGAGGCGGCAAAAUGUGCAGCUAUCAAAAAGAUAUUUGAUGAUGCCCACAAGUCAGCCCUGAGCUGUGUAAUAAUCGACGAUAUUGAAAGAUUAAUAGACUAUGCUCCGAUCGGACCAAGAUUCUCCAACCUUGUCUUACAAGCCUUGCUGGUGUUAAUGAAAAAGCUACCUCCUCAUAACCACAAGUUAUUAAUCAUCGUCACGUCGAGUAAACUGAGUGUUCUCCGUGAGCUUGGUCUCUAUGCAGUAUUCGGUGCCAGGAUCCAUGUCCCCGUCUUGACGGAGGUCUCACAUCUGACGGCCGCGUUUGAAGAACUCGGGCAAUUCGACGACAAGGAGACAUCAGAGGUAGCAACACGCCUGAAAACUGAUAAGUUGUGGAUAGGAAUCAAAAAGUUACUUGUUCUUGUCGAAAUGGCUCUGCAGGUGGAUCAGAAAUUCCGCGUGAAAAAGUUCAUAUCGCUGCUGGAGGAACAAGACUGCUUAGGAUCACCGGACUAUGACUAAUGAAACAUCAUCCACUGGUAGAUGUGGCAAGCUGGGAUGCCCUGACACUCUUGUUGCAGCAUAGCAUUGUUUUCAACGAAAAGUGCAUCAGACCCUGUUGUGAUGUUGUAAUUAUAACUGCUUGGGUUCAGACAUUAUUUUGAAAAAGACAGAUGUGUUUUAUGAUAGAAACUGUGAGCUGUUGUAAUUGGUCGUCUCAUGAAAGACCGCUUGGAUGGAGUCGUGGUAUCACCUGCUCCCUGACGUGGCAUCUCGGUCAUGGCUGCAGCGCCAUCUUUAUGGUGUUUGGUGAGACAACCAAUACCUCAAUUUCGGUAUCAGUUCGUUUAGUCAAGUAUCAAGGCUGGGCACAUUUACCUGUGGUUUAAUGUGUUAAAAUGUGCUAAUAUCAACAGAGUUAUUCAUCUGAUACAUUCCCAACUGAAUUCUAAAUGAUCGCAUGUGACGGUUUGUGUCGUCUGGUUAGGUGAAGUGAAAUAUGAGCAUCACACUCGUCCACGUUUCAAGUGAUUUCUGAUGAACACUCCUUUCAGAUGAGAAUGGACACCUCCAGACUUUCAAUGGAGAAUCGGGUUUAAGGGUGAGACUUCUCGUGUCGUGCACGUUUGUGGUAAGCGGUCUUUAUCACAAUUCACACUUUAAAAAGCCGUGCUGAUGACUCGUCUCUGUUCCCUAUUGAAUUACAUCAUGUCUUGACCCAAAUCUGUGCUCUAGCUUGACAUCAAGUGGCUUUCUCUUCUAUAAACAUCUAUAAAUGCAGCGUGGAUGUGUUUUGCAGACCACACUUUGUCUUGACUGUGUUCACAUUGACAUUCUGUGGUGAAUUCACCUUGAAAUGAAGGUUGACAUAACCAGCACAGGUAAAGACAACGUCAGCCUUCAAACAUCAUACAUUCUUGCACCAAGUUUACAAUGUAUUAUUUUAUUACUUUAUGUGUACAUGUAUAUGUAGAUGUGUAAAAAUAUAAAUAAAUAGAGUAGCAAUUAGGAUGGGUAAAAUGUAAUGACACGUUAACGAGAAGAUCUUGGUCAUGUAACACAUGGUGUAAAUUUUCAUUAUUUAUUGUCAGGUAUGAAAUGUACAAUGUUAUGUAGUUGUGUGCAUUUCUUGAAACACUGCUGUUGUAUAGUGAUACAAGUGUAGCUUGUGAUUGUAAUACUGUGUCCACAGAGGGGGUCAACUCGGUUGAUGUAACGUCCUCAGCAUUUAUUUCCUAGAAUAGACAGGCUUUGAGAAAUAGACCCAUUCUUCGUCCUCCAUUUGAUCCGACAGGAUCUUUCGAAGAACUGAGGUGGGAUCUUAUUCAAACCAUUUCUCUGAAUUAGGACACCAUGAGUGAUAGCAUUGUAGUGAUUAGAAACUCACUCUGCAGCGUGUAAUUGUGUAUUGAUUUGUCUCCAGAUAUCCUAGAACAUGCGAGAAGCCUUGAGCCAUCAGCCUCGCAACCAUUCUGGAGUACCAGGAAGUAACUAGUCAAUGCUCCAACUCAUUUGUAAAGUAGAUUGUUAGUCACUGUGUGUUUUUACAAAGUUCUACGUGUAUCAUGACAUCAAAGUUGUUAGCUGUUCGUGACUGGAAGGUAGCCAAACUCAGGAAUAGUCAACGAUAACUUUGAAGUGAGUUUCAAGACCGGUUGAGACCAAAGCUUGCAGCUUGUUGGAUGGCAGUAUCUGUGGAGCAUCGAGAUACGUAUUGCUAAAGUGCAUUUGAAAUCAGUGUAAUGUGAUGUCAAAGACUGCAAGUCGGUUUGACCUGUAGCUUCAAGUAUGCAAAUCCGUUGCUGUACUUUAGGACUUGUAUUUCUUCAGAGUUGACAGUCAUCAGAAUAAAUAAGGUCAGAUUAAUGAA